AAUUGGCCUCGUGUAGAUGUUUCCAAGAACCCAGAGCUGUGGAAGAAACUAGGCUUAAUGUUAGAAGAUGGAGAUGAUUUUGACUGCCCUGUCUGCCUUUCUCCACCAACAAAGACCAUCAUAACACGCUGUGCUCAUAUCUUCUGCCAAAUCUGCAUAUUGAAAACUCUCAAAACUCUCAAUCCAUGUUGCCCGAUCUGCCGGCAUCCAUUGUCAGAAACUGAUCUUUUCUUAGCUCCAACACCAGAAGUUUCAGAUGAGAAUCCCACAACAGACUUCUCAGGCUUGCCGAUCUCAUCCAAGGUAUUGGCAUUGCUGAACCUCCUUCUGGAAUCCAAGAAACACAAGGAAUCAACCAAAUCUGUAGUCUUUUCACAGUUCCGAAAGAUGCUGAUCUUGUUAGAAGAAGUGCUAAGAUCUGCUGGUUUUGUAACACUUCGUUUAGAUGGUUCGAUGAGCAUUAAAAAGAGGGCGGAAGUGAUCCAAGAGUUUUCGUCGAAUCAGCCCAAUGCUCUGACGCCGACGGUGUUAUUGGCCAGCCUCAAAGCUGCUGGUGCAGGAAUAAACCUCACAGUGGCUUCAAGAGUGUAUUUGGUAGAGCCAUGGUGGAACCCAGCUGCUGAGGAGCAGGCAAUGGAUAGGGUUCAUAGAAUUGGACAAAAUGAAGAAGUGAAGGUUGUUAGACUUAUUGUGAAGGAUAGUAUUGAGGAGAGAAUAUUGGCGAUCCAAGAGAGGAAGAAGAAACUUGCAGGUGGUCUUUUUGGUAAGAAAGCUGCUAAGGAGCAGAAGAAAGUGCAAAUCGAGGAUAUUGGUACCAUGCUUCGCCUGUAGGUUCUUUCUUUACCUUGUUUUUGCAUGCCAUGAUUUUGCCUGAAAGAAAGUUUGAAUGCCUUUUUGCUGCUUUUGUAUUUUGUUUAUGUAAAAUGUUUGUAUCAUAUAACUUCUAGUAUCUUGCUGGUUUAGUAACCCUUUUUUUUUAACUUAUAUUUUGAGUUUUCAAUACUUUUGAUACUCUUGAA